AUGACUUCCAAGGCUGUCUUCAUCCUCGUCCCCGGGGCAUGGCAUGGCGCCAGCACCUGGGACAAGGUGGCUCGUCUACUCGAGGAGAAGGGUCACCGCGCCAUCGCGGUCAAUCUUCCGUCCACGUCAGGGGAUGCUGCCGCGACUUUCGGUGACGACGUUACGCAUGUACGCAGCCUGAUCCUCGGCGAAGUCAGACAGGGCCACCACGUGGUCGUGGUAGUCCACUCCUACGGUGGCGUGGUCGGCGAGAGCGCCGUCAGGGACGUGCCCACAGCUAGACACCCCAGCCCAGACAUCGCCCACGGCAAGGUGAUCGGCCUCGCCCUGAUGGCAACUGGCUUCAACGUGGCCAACAUGUCCUUUAUCGAGGGCUUCGACGGUAAACCGCCGCCAAUAUGGCGUGCAGACGAGGAGUCCGGCUUCGUGGUGUUCACAGACGGCACAGACCCGGCGGAGCUGUUCUACCAUGACCUCCCCACCGAAGAGGAGAAGCAGUACUGGGUGUCGACCCUGACGAAGCAGAGCAUCAAGUCUCUGUACGAAGGCCGGGAGCAUUCGUACGCAGGAUGGCAGGACGUUCCGUCGUGGGUCCUGAUGACGACAAAGGAUCGGCCGUUGCCUGUGGAGGCGCAGAAGAUGAUGAUCCAGACGGCUGUGGACGCCGGGGCGAGUGUGGAGAUCAGGGAAAUAGACAGUGGUCACAGUCCGAUGCUUUCAAGGCCAGAGGAGACAGCAUCGUUCUUGGUUGAGGCUGCAACGGGCCUUGCAGGCUGA